CCUGUAUGUUCUAGUGCUAGUGACAAAAGAAGCCCAACAUGAGGUCCGCUGCAGCUGUUUACCUUGCCUUGUUGGCGGUGUUGGUUGGAGUUGAAGCCGAACAUUGCGACUGGCAGCCUGUCUUCCGAAUUUUGCCCGGAGUUGGAGGUGAGAAAGCGAGAGACGUUUGGACCGCUGGCUUCUCCAAAGACUUCGGGUCCGACCCCCUGCUCUUCCCUGCAGCCCACUUCAAAAGUCCGCCGGUCGAAGAGUGGGAAACCCUUGGCGUUCAGCUGGUGAAGGUGUCCCUGUACUCGUACAGACAGGGAACCGAAGUGCGCGAGUUGAUCUUUGACGGCAGAGACGCCGACAAGCUCAGUUGGUUCUCCAAGGAGAGACUCAUCUCGUCCCCAUGGACCGACCUGAGAACGGAAACAACCAACGUGUUCUCGAUCCCAGGGGAAGUGGUGAAUCCCGAAGCCCCAAGGAGUUUCUAUAUCAACCGAAACUAUGACGGCUGUCCCAAUGACAACGGUUGGCUGGCGGUGGUGGAAGGCGGUACCGUGUGUGCAUGGGAGAAACGUGACAAGCGCGUGCCACACAUUCUGUUCUCACGGAAGUCCACCUACGUCAACUGGACUACAGGUGGUGAUGACGUGGGGACUGCUGACGUCAUGGUGGUCUCCAUCAAGACCUGUGGUCACGUGACGGAAUCAGUCGAGGAGCACCCUCUACAUCAUCGUCAUCAUCAUGAGGACGAAACAGCCAGCAUCGAUGCCUGAGGAUAGAACCUCCGUGGGUCACCCAUGUCUCAUUCUUUUUAUUGUU